AUGGGAGAUCCCUCUAAUCGCUUCUCAGACCGUAUAAACUCGUGGGCGAAAGCACAUGCCUCGAAUCGCCAACCCAGAGACGUCCGCCGGUCUAUUCUUCCACUGAGCAAUCAGUCCAGCAAUGGGACUGUCCCGUCUGCUGCCUCAACAACUUCCGAGAAGCCUCCCCACACUCCUCCGAGCACUGGCAGCCCGCCAGCCGCCAGCAAUGUCGCCGACAGCGCAUCUGCAUCGCCUGCUCCGCCUCCCGGCAAUACCCAGCUUGAUGGAGCUCCGCCUCCCGCCCUAGACUCCGGCGAGAAACCGCCCUUCCCCACUCGCACCAAAAAUGCCGUUAUCCGCUUCUUCCAGCACACCAAAGAUGCCCUGUGCUACAGCUGGGUCAACGUAUUGCUGGUCUUCGUCCCCAUAGGCAUUGCUAGUAAGCCGGCCGGCAUGUCCGAAGAGCUCAUCUUCUCCAUGAACGCCAUAGCCAUCAUUCCGCUUGCCGGUCUCCUCAGCCACGCCACCGAGAGCGUCGCUUCGAGACUCGGAGACACGCUAGGAGCUCUGCUCAACGUCUCCUUCGGCAAUGCUGUCGAGUUGAUCCUGUUCAUUAUCCUGCUUGCCAAGAAUGAAAUCCGUGUCGUCCAAGCAUCGCUGCUUGGCUCGAUCCUUGCCAACUUGCUUCUUAUCCUUGGCAUGGCUUUCCUCCUCGGUGGCUUGCGCUUCCAAGAGCAGGUCUACAACAGCACGGUAACUCAGAUGAGUGCUUGUCUGCUCAGCUUGGCUGUCAUGAGCCUGCUGUUGCCCACCGCCUUUCAUGCUUCCUUCUCCAGCUACAGCACGGCCGACGACAAGACUCUUCAAGUCAGUCGCGGAACCAGCGUGGUCCUACUCCUCGUAUACGUGCUCUAUCUCCUGUUCCAGCUCAAAUCCCAUGCCUACCUCUAUGAAAGCACGCCACAGCACAUCAUCGAUGAAGAGUCCCACCCGGGUGUCUUGGCCGACAUGCUCAACUCGUCCAGCUCAUCGGAUUCGUCUAGCGACUCCAGUAGCUCCGACACCGACAGCUCGUCGGGAUCCAACACUACGGCCAAGAAGAUCAAGCGAGCUUUCAGACAUCGCAAGCGUCGCAAGUCUAGCACAAGCUCCACGAAGGAGACCCCGUCACUCCCCUCGGUUAUGAGCACUCCGUCGGUCGAGAACCACCGAGCCUAUUUCGGCAAUCAGGCUGGCGGUCAAGAAGGUAGCUUGUCCAGGCGUGGAUCGGUCCUCGGUGCCAUUCUGAGCGGAGACGAAGCCGAUACGGAUGAUGCUGCAGUGCGUACUGGUGGUUCCCGUGUUCGUGAUUUUGAGGCUGGAUCUUCCGUUUCUGCAUCAGCCGACAAAACCCGGAAGAAGCACAGGAAGAAGCACAGAAAGCAUGCCAAUGCCACCGAGCCCGAGGGAGACGCGAACGAAAAGAAGGUCGGCCCCGAGUCGUCGAAGGCAGCCCCAACCGAAAAGAAUUCUCGUCGCGUUGGGUUUGCGGAAGACCCGGUGCCUGAACCCACCGAUCCUGCGUCGCCAAACUCUUCCAAGCGUCCCUUUAACUUUCGCCAGCUUUCCACUCGUCCUGCAAUGCUCCCGUCCAUGCCAGGGUUCCUCCAGAACAACGUCUUUGUCACUCCACCACCUACCGCUGGUCCUGGCAUGGCGACUGGUCGCGGUCUGCGCCGUACCGCUUCUUUGCCCGACCGCCUCAACGGGACUUCGAACAGUUCAGCACGCCGUUCCAUACCUCCCAUGGCAAUUUACCCUGGACACACGACUUCCCAGCAGGAACAAGUCGAAGAGCCCGUAAAACACGUGAUGUCUCGCACUUCGGCCGUCAUGAUGUUGCUUAUCAGCACCGGUUUGGUCGCUGUUUGUGCGGACUUCAUGAGUGAUGCCAUCGAGCCAUUGGUCGACAGAACCGGUAUCAGCCAGGCCUUCAUCGGUCUCAUCAUUCUCCCCAUCGUCGGAAACGCUGCCGAGCACGUUACUGCAGUCACUGUAGCUGCGAAGAACAAGAUGGACCUUGCUAUCGGUGUUGCCGUUGGCAGUAGCAUUCAGAUCGCAAUCUUCGUCACUCCCUUCAUCGUCAUUCUCGGCUGGAUCAUGGGCAAAGAGAUGUCCCUCUACUUCAAUAUUUUCGAGACAGUCUCCCUCUUUGUCACGGCAUUCGUCAUCAACUUUCUUAUUCUGGACGGGCGCAGCAAUUACCUCGAGGGCGCACUGCUCAUUGCUGCCUACGUGAUCAUUGCUGUUGCUUCUUUCUUCUAUCCGGAUGGCUGCGAGGCCAGUCAGAUCGGUGGUUCGGAGGGUUCGUGCUAG